AUGGCUAGUGCUGCAGUAAUGAUGGACGUGGAUUCUUCUGGGGUCAAUGAUUUGCACCAUUCUGAAAAGAAAUAUGCGGAGGAAGACCAAGUUCAAGAACUAUUGAAGGUUUUAAAUGAGAUCUCCAAGACCACCUUGACGUUGGACCCAAGAUACAUAUGGAGAAGUUUAAAGGACUUGAGCUCUUUAAGGAACCAAGAGCUUUUGAAUGCAGAGAUCUUAUCUUUCACAGUGAAUGUACUGUACCCUGAUUCUUCGUCAUUCAAGAAAAAUCUACUAAAGUUCAUCAAUUCUAACCAUAAAUCAUCUGUACCGGGGUCAGAUGAGCUUAGAAACUCUUAUCCAGCUUCAUUUUACUCCGUAAACACUGAAAAAAAGACCAUUGAAGUGACAGCUGAAAUCAACUGCUUCAUACAUCUAUUAGUGCAGUUGUUUUUAUGGGACAGUAAGAAAUUAGAAGAAUUGGUGGAAUUCAACAGGAAGGUUGUUAUCCCAAAUUUGUUGUGUUAUUACAAUUUGCGUUCCUUGAAUUUGAUAAACGCUAAAUUAUGGUUUUACAUCUAUUUGAGUCAUGAAACAUUAGCGCGCCGCUCGAAGGAAAUUGACAACGAUAAUCAAAAUAUAAUCUUAAGGUCCACCAUGAUGAAAUUUUUGAAAAUCGCUUCCCUGAAACAUGACAACGAGACCAAAGCCAUGCUGAUUAACCUGAUCUUAAGAGAUUUUUUGAAUAACGGUGAAGUCGAUAGCGCGUCUGAUUUCAUUUCUAAACUAGAAUAUCCUCACAUAGACGUUUCCAGCUCAUUGGAGGCAAGAUAUUUCUUCUAUUUAUCCAAAAUUAAUGCCAUUCAACUGGAUUAUUCCACUGCGAACGAGUAUAUUAUUGCGGCCAUAAGAAAAGCUCCACAUAACUCCAACAGUUUGGGGUUUUUACAACAGUCAAACAAACUACAUUGUUGUAUUCAAUUACUAAUGGGUGAUAUUCCAGAAUUAUCAUUUUUCCAUCAAUCAAAUAUGCAGAAAUCUCUCCUUCCUUAUUACCAUUUGACCAAAGCCGUUAAAUUAGGUGACUUGAAAAAAUUCACAUCUACAAUCACAAAGUAUAAACAAUUGCUAUUGAAAGAUGACACUUAUCAACUUUGUGUCAGAUUAAGAUCUAACGUUAUCAAGACAGGUAUCAGAAUCAUCUCCUUAACGUAUAAGAAAAUUUCAUUAAGGGACAUUUGUUUGAAACUGAAUUUGGAUUCGGAGCAAACCGUAGAAUACAUGGUUUCAAGGGCAAUUAGAGAUGGUGUUAUUGAAGCCAAGAUCAAUCACGAAGACGGCUUUAUCGAAACCACAGAAUUACUGAACAUCUAUGACAGUGAAGAUCCUCAGCAAGUAUUCGAUGAAAGAAUUAAAUUUGCCAACCAAUUACAUGAUGAAUACCUCGUUUCCAUGAGGUACCCUGAGGAUAAAAAGACUCAACAAAAUGAAAAGAGUGAAAGCGGUGAAAAUGAUGAUGAUAUGUUAGACGGUGAUUUAAUGGAUGAUAUGUCUGAUAUCUCGGAUCUCGACGAUUUGGGAUUCUUAUAA